AUGGAGAGCAGGAGCACGAAGGAGCCGCAGCAGCAGCAGCCAUGGAGCUACUGCAGCUUCGCGGCGAGCAUCGCGUGGCCGCCAAGAUCGUACCCCUGCAGCUUCUGCGAGAGGGAGUUCCGGUCCGCGCAGGCCCUCGGAGGCCACAUGAACGUCCACCGCAGGGACAGGGCCAGACUCCGGCAGGGCUCCCCUCCUCCUCCUCCUCGCCCUGCUGCUGCCGGAAGCGUUAACCCUAGAUGGGCUGCUGCAGCUAUCCCCAACCUUAACUAUCCUCCUCCUCCACCGUCGCAGCCAUCUCUGUACCAUCCCGGCGGCAGGAGCAAUGAGUGCAAUGAGCGCUCUUCGGUGGCCGCUUCCGCGAAGGCGAAGGGGCUGGAGCUGGGGGUGGGCGCUGGGGUGCAUUGUUGUCUGGAGGAGGAGAAGGAGGAUGGCCUGGAUCUUGAGCUUAGGCUCGGCUGGUCUUGA